AUGGGAAUUUCCAACUUGCUCCAAUUCCUAAAACCUAUUGUUAAGAACUCACAUAUAAGCAAAUACAAAAAUGAAGUGAUCGGUGUGGAUAUCAUGUGUUGGAUCCAUAGAGGUCUAAUCAGUUGUGCGUAUGACAUAGUAACGGAAAACUUCAAUGACAGUUAUCUAAGUUUUAUUGAAAAAAUGCUAGAGUGCAUUUAUCAUUACAAUAUAAAGGUAAUCUUCGUUUUCGAUGGAGAGGAAUUACCUGAAAAGAAAACAGAAAAUAUGAUAAGAAAAGAUAGAAGAGAAAAGGCAAAAAAAGAAGCACAUGAAAUAAUCAAAAAAGUGAAAAAUCCAAGAUCAAACGAAACUGUUUUGAAAAAAUGUAUACAAGCAUUAAGUGUAUCAAAAGAUAUUAUCAAUACAGUUAUCAAUUUCUGUAAACAGAAAAAUAUUGAUUAUAUUAUUUCACCUUACGAAGCUGAUGCUCAACUAUCUUAUCUUUGUCGAAUGGGAUAUAUUUCAUGUGUUAUAAGUGAAGACAGUGAUUUGUUAGUAUAUGGUUGUCCUCGGGUACUGUAUAAAUUCAAAAAUAAUGGAGAAUGCAAUGAAAUCAGUUUAUUGCCAAUUAAUGAUUUAAUUGAUAUAAAUGUCAUUAACAAAAUUAGGAACCCAUUUUCUGAUUCGUUUAAUAAGUUUUACAUAACUCCUAUGAAGGAAGAACCCCAUGACACAGAAAGUGAAUGCUCAGAUGCUGACAAGCAAGAUCUAUCCAGUGUCACCAAUUCUAAUACUUCCAGAACGAACCGAUAUAAGAACCAUCGUAGAGACACAAAUAAAAACAGUAAAAGGAAAAAAGAAAAAAAAAAAAAAAAUUAUGAAAAAACAAUGAAAGAAUAUUUAGACCAAUUUUACUGGCCAGAAGAAUUAGAUAAACUAAAACAUUUCAAUAUUGACAUGUUCCUAGCAAUGUGUAUUCUAAGCGGCUGUGAUUACACAAACGAUUUUCACAUAACAGGAAUGGGCAUAAAAACUGCCUUUAGUUUAAUAUAUCAGUAUAAAAAUAUUGAACAAAUUUUUUCAUUCUUAAUUUCCCAUGACAAAUGGAAGCAUAAAAUACCACCCAAUUUAAAUACCUUAGAAAAAUUGCUAAACAAAUAUGAAGAAAUUAAAAAUGCCUUUUUACAUCACCAGGUUUAUGAUUUUAUUCUGUGCCAAAAUAUUUCCAUUAACCAAUCCUUUAAUAGUGCACUAAAAGAAAAGGAUAACCAAAUGCUUAUCAACAAAAUAUCCGAUUAUUCUUUAAUUUAUAACAAUUCCACUAGAAAAGGGAACUGUUUGAACAGACACAACGAAGGAGAUUCCAUUAGUGACACUAUGGAUGAAUAUUCAAUUUCGUCUGCAAACCGUAGCACGGAAAGAAGUAUCAGCAAUGCUGAAAAUGCAAAUCAAAAACAACAGGAAAACAAUGCACUAAUGGAAAAAAAUGCAGAUCAAAAUGUACCUAGGGAAAUCCUCUCAUUUCGUUCAAACGAAAACGAAAUACAGAAGAAUACACAUUUACACAAACCAAACAAUUUCGAAAACAUUUUUAAAAAUUUCUCAUAUGAGUGCCUCGAAUAUUUAGAAAUAUCCCCAAUUUUGUUCAAAAAUUAUCAAGAAAAUCAGUCUCACCAUCAGAAGACGUAUCAAGAGAAGGAGGACCAGUCUCCUCCUAUAUAUUCCAUGAGGAGUGAUCAAAUGGAUUCACAUAGGCAAAUAGGUUGCCAUGAUAGACAUCAACCCACUCUCCAAGAAUAUGCACAAGAUCAUUACGAAAAAAUAAUGUCGAAAAAGGAAAAUCGCUGUGAAGAAAUGCUCAUCAGAUUGCCUCCCGACCAAAGUGACCACAUGCAAAUCCCUAAUUUUCAGCCCAAUAUUGAAAUCACAAAAUUGGAUUUUUUUCAAGAUUCUACUUUAAGGAAUGAGUAUGCAUGUAAAAAUAUGAACAGUAGUGAUAUCAACACAUCAGGAAAAAACGAAAAAGCAAAAUUGAAUAAACGAAAAGCAAAUGUCACUGACUCUUUUAAUUUUAAGAAAGCAAAAACAAGCACCAUAAUUCCAGUAAAUUCAAAUGGAAAAACGUGUACAAAAUUUUUGGAUGAAAUAGAAAUAAAUGACCCUAAUAAUAUUAUACAAAACAGUCAUAACAUGAUUCAAGAAAAUAAAAAGCUAUUACCUGAACUGGAAAAUGUGCACUCCGGAGAGAUACGUAGCCUUAAAGAGGAUAUCCUUUGUGAAAACAUAACGAAAAUUAAUGAUAGCGAAAAUAAAUGGAAUCCUGGAAGUGACAGAAGUAAUGAGUACGACAUAGGAGAUGUAGGAAUCCAUGUUAUAGAUAGAAUAUCCCAUGGAGACCUUACUAACUCAAGUGGAAAGGUGAAUAAAAUGAAAAGCGCAAGGGAUAUGUAUGAUAAUAUGAAGAAAAAGUUUCUCCUCUUUAAAACAUUGAGUGAUGAAACGGACAACCAAACGCAAUUUUUAAACAAGGAAUCAAAAUAUGAACCCACUGCAUCAGAAGAUGAAUAUGCACAUAUAAGAAAAAUUCAAGAAACAUGCAUGAUCAAGAAAUGUAAAGAUGAUAUUGGAAGUUCUCUUGAAACCGAAAUUUGUGAUCAAAAACAGAACAUCCAAAAUGGUGUACACAUAAAUGCGAACUCAUAUGCACACAGCAAUGUGAAAGACGAAAUUUGUAGCGAAAUGUGUAACAAAAGCCCCAGUGAAAAAAAGAAUAAUCAUUCCCAUUUCGAUAACAAUUCGAUGAGGGAAAAAAAUGAAAUAAAUAAUAUUCACACGGAACCCGAAAGAAAAAACAAUCCAUCAUCUUUUUCUUCUCCAUCGAAGAGUAAAAUAUCCGUGGGAAACGAAAAGAAUAAAACACAAUUGAGGAUAACUAAUUUUUUCAAAAGUGAAGGCAAAAAACGAACAAACUCAAAAAGCAACGAUAGUAAUAUUAAUACAUUUUCAGUAAUAAAUACAAAGAAUAUAUAUUCUAAUGACAAUAAAAAAUACUCUGUUCUGUUGAAUAAGUCAGAACCAUUGAGCGAAGAUGAACAGAUGAUAAACGCUCUAUGUGAAUUAGACACUAAUCAAGUAAGUACUAAUGAAAAAGUAGUAAAAUAUGAAAAAGACGCAUUCGGAAUGAGUAAUACACAGCAAUACAAAACAUUAGGCCUUGAUCAAGAUAUCCAUGAUGAAUAUAUUUUUUUGAAAAAUUUGCAAAACUGCGGGUUGAUAAAAGAAUCAAUUAAAAAGGAGCCCUUAAAUUGCACCAUCAAAACCAGUGACUCCUCUCAAAACUUCACCGGCAAAAGGGGGCAUAGAAUUAAUUAUAACAGCGGUGAUCAAGAGACAAUUCAAGAUGCACAUCAAGGUGCAAAUCAAGAUGAAUAUCCAGAUGAAUAUCCAGAUGAAGUCCUUGAUGGAGACCAACAUAAUUGUAAUAGUCCUCCUCUCAGAGACAAUCUCCAUAGCAAUCACGUGAAGGAGAAAAAGGAAAAACAAAAGGAAAUUAACCUAGAAUACAUUCUGCAGAAUUUGAACUAUAACUACCAACCCAAGAAUCACAAAAUCAACACACUUGACUAUUUCAAGGAGAAGGAAAAUGUGACCCCCCAUAAUCCUUACGUAGACAAUAAUUUAUGA